GGAAUCAGCCAAUCGCGUUGCGAGUCGUGGUGCCGUUGCAGUAACUUCAGCGCUGUCACAGCGUUCAGAAAAACGGAAAAACCGAUCAGCUGUUCUGCGGUUGAUGUAACUUUGGGACAGAAAGCUGUAGCGGGUCUGAUCACAGACAUGGCAACAGCUCAGUCAGUGUUUACCGUGGUUGUGAGCAUUCUUUUCAUCACAGAGCUGAUUCUGGCCGAGAAAGACUACUACGAGAUCCUGGGUGUUCCCAAAGAUGCAUCUGACCGGCAGAUCAAAAAAGCUUUCCAUAAGUUAGCCAUGAGGUAUCACCCUGAUAAAAACAAAAGCCCUGACGCAGAGGCAAAGUUCAGAGAGAUCGCAGAGGCAUAUGAAACAUUAUCAGAUGACAAUCGGAGAAAGGAGUACGAUCAGAUGAGGAGCAGUCCGUUCUCCAGAGAGAGUCCAAGAGGAGGCGGUGACCACUUCCGUCAACAUUUUAGCUUCAACUUCGAUGAUAUAUUCAGAGACUCUGACAUGUUUGGAAACAAUCCUCAUUUGCAUAAUAAAAGACAUUUCAACAGCCACUUUCAGGCCCACGAAGAAGCACGUAACAGGCACAGGAGGCACUUCCAGCACUCUUUCAGUGGUGGAAUAUUUGAUGAUAUGUUUGAGGAUAUGGAGAGGAUGUUCUCCUUUAAUGGACACCAGACUCAGACUAAGAGCAGGCUUCACAGUUCCAGCAGGCAGCACUGUAGGACUGUCACACAGCGAAGGGGCAACAUGGUUACAACAUACACCGACUGCUCUUGAGUUAACGUGCACAUGGGAAUGUCUUUUGGUUGUGUUGACUGAAACUGUAAUUCAUUUUGUUGUGCUUUUUUGUGUUUUGGACCAGUUCUGAUGACCUCUAUAAAACUAUCUGCAAGAAUCACACAUUUUUUGGGCAUAACAUCCUCAGUUUAGAAAUCCUAAGUCUGACUUUAUACAAAAUUCACCAUCCACAACAUAUUAAUAAUGUUAUCAAAAGUUAACAUUAACACUUAUUCACUGUGAACACGAUGACCUCAUAUGGCAAAAAAAAAAUAUAUAUUUUUAGACACUUUUAAAUAUAUAAAAAUGGCCAAAAUUAAGAUGUUAAAAUAUUUACAUAAACAUAUUUUUCAUGUUAUAGUUAGUUAUUUCAUCAUAUAUUUUUGACCAUUUUAUAUAAUUUGAGUCUAAAUUUAUUUACUUGUAUUGUUAAAAAAGGAGACAUUUUGCAUUUACUCAAAAUGCAUUUUAAAAUUAGAAAUGUAUUUUCUUGCCCCUUGAAGUACACUUUGUACUACAGUUUGGCAUUUUAAGCUUUGAAUUAAUUUGAAAAACAUACUUCCUUAUUCCUGUAAAUUUGGCCAGAAAAAAAAAAAGAAUAUAUAGACAAUAUAGGGAGGUUAAAACAGCACUUUAUUUGUUGAUUAUUUAUAAUCUCUUAUUAAGCUAUCUUUCAUUUGUCAUGAAGUCAAGAUUUAGGGUCCUUAAAAGCAUAUUUAGUUUUUAGGGUAAAAGUGCUUCCACAUUUGUUUACAUCCGAUGCCUUUAAAACAUACAACUGCAAUUAUCAUAAAGUGCUGCCGCAAGGCUCAUUUGUGAUUCCAGCCUGUUUUAGGUUAUUUUGAACCUGUUUGACACAUAGGCCUACACGAAAUCGCUAGAAGACAUUCAGAGUGGUUUAGAAGUUAAGUAAGGCUAAAUGUUUGGUUUGCUUGAUGUUGCACAAUGUCAAAAAAGAUUGAAACUGGUUUAAUUGCAUUUUUUGUUUGCAGUCAUGUCCUUAGCAAGCAUUUGACAAUUUGUAUAUCUUCCAUCUCGACUAACAUUAUACCAAAGCAAGUGGCUCUUUCGAAGGGGAAGUCCCUUGCAUGUGCAAUAAUGAUCAAGAUCUGCUUGCUGUUGGGGGAUACUGUUAACUGUAGGGCUUACCUGAAAAAAAAAAAAUGUUGCAUAUGAUCAAAUGAAGUGCCGUGCUAAAAACAGUUACUGUUUUGUUGCAGUUUUGGUAUCAUGUUAAAUUUCCAUGUGAAUGGAAUGCUUCUGAGCAAGUACCUGAGGCACUUACACAAAAAGCAAUGUAUAAUCAUUCAGUUUCAUCUAAAUAACUAUUGAAAUAUAUAUAUAUAUAUAUAUAUAUAUAUAUAUAUAUAUAUAUAUAUAUAUACAUAUAUAUUGUACACUCCCUGUGGUUCUGUAAAUAUGAAUAUAUGUAUUUGGCUCUCCAAAGAUUUGAUCUAUAGCAAGACACUUCUGUCAGUUAGUUUACUCUGAAUACUUUUAUUGCUGUGCCAAUAAACAAUUACCUCAUGUUAAA